UUUGCAAGAGAACCUCUGUCCGAUUCCUACGUCCUUGGACCCUACCCUCGCGGAGAGCCACCACUGUUGCCGGGCUAGUUUUGGGGAUUUUUUGGACCUUGCGCUUGUACAGGAAUAUAUUCUUACUAGAUUUCGGAGGACUUGGAUACUAGAAGUUGCCCAUCAUGCCGCCCAAAGGAAGAGACCAGCCAAAGGCUUCGAAAACCGCCGUCGACAAGACGUUUGGUAUGAAAAAUAAAAAAGGUGGAGCUGCCCAAAAACAGAUCAGGCAAAUCCAGCAGGCUCAGGCAUCUGCAAAGACCCCCGAGCAGAAGCGUAAAGAGGCCGAGAAGGAAGCACGAGAGCGCGAAAAGAAGGCCGCCGAGGAUGCUCGAAGGGAGACCGCCGAACUCUUCAAGCCUGUACAGGUGCAAAAGGUUCCCUUUGGCGUUGAUCCAAAGACUGUCCUUUGCCAGUUCUUCAAGAAGGGAAAUUGCGAGAAGGGCAAGAAGUGCAAGUUCUCUCAUGACCUGAAUGUGGAAAGGAAGACGGAGAAACGAAGUUUGUACACGGACAGCAGAGAUAAAGAGGAGGAAGAGGAGAAUAAGAAGAAGGACCAAAUGGAUGACUGGGACGAGGAGAAAUUGAGGAGCGUUGUUCUCAGUAAACAUGGAAACCCCAGGACAACGACAGACAAGGUCUGCAAAUUCUUCAUCGAGGCGGUCGAGAACCAGAAAUAUGGCUGGUUCUGGCAGUGUCCAAACGGCGGCGAUAAGUGCAUGUACAAGCACAGUCUGCCUCCAGGGUUCGUGCUCAAGACCAAAGAACAGCGCGCCGCUGAGAAAGCGCUUAUGGACAAGUCUCCUCUCAAUACGCUCACUCUCGAAGACUUCCUCGAAUCUGAGCGUCACAAGCUGACAGGUACACUCACACCCGUUACUGCCGAAUCCUUUGCCAAAUGGAAGAAGGAGCGCAUGGACAAGAAGGCGGCCGAGGAACAAGCCAAGGCCAUGAAAGAAGCAACUGGUCGUGCUAUGUUCGAAAAGGGCGAUUGGCAGGAUAGUGAGGAGGAGAGCGAUGAUGACGACGCCGACGGUGCAUGGAACCUCGAAGCACUUCGGAGAGAGACCGAAGCUGCAAGGCAGAGGAAGGAAGAAGAACGGCUGGGUCUGGCAUCAUCCGAACAAAACGCUGUGGAGGUGGAGGUCUCUUGAAAUCAGCAUCACCAUAUGCAUGUUAACGGCAUUCUGGAUCGGAAAACGAGGCAUUGAUACCACUGAGCCGCGGCGCCGAUAAAGGCCCGUGAGGUAGCAUCAGCAUGGUGGCGGAAGCAACAAAUUGUGGAAGCAUACACUUUGGGUGCCACGGCCCGAGGCAAGCUUUGUGCUUGAGACUGGGAUCGAGGCACCCGAAAAAAAAAGUGCCUUGAAGCGCUGCAUUAGACCAGCCGAUUUCACUGCGACGCAGAGGAAUGUAGUGUCCGGAGUCAGAUACUGUUGUUCAAGAUCAUUGAUAUUUACUUAUAUAUUCUUAUCCACAUGGAAUUCAGG